ACCUAGGGUUGGUUCUUCUUACAAGAUCAACAUUUGUCUUCCAACCACUGUCGGCUUCUCCGUUCUCUGAGCUCCUCUCACUUAAAAGCCUUCGUCUUUGCGAACCGCGAGGAAGAUGAGUAAACGAAAGCGUCCAGAGCCGAAAUCAUCAUCCAGUGGUAUCAACGAAGACGAGAAGAACAUCCUAGGCCUGAUCCGAUCCAAGCAAGGCAUGGGAGCAACCACAUACGAGAUGAGAACAGCGACAAAGAUCCAACCAACUCUCAUCACUCGAGCCGUCGCUUCUCUCAAGAAGAGCAGCCUCAUCAAAGAAGUCCCCAACAUGAACAACAAAGGCAUCAAACACUUCCUCGCCGUUGAGUUCCAGCCUUGCAAGGAGCUCACGGGCGGGGACUGGUACAUCGACGGGGCCCUCGACGUCUCCAAAAUCGAAGGCCUCAAGGAGAUUUGCGUCAGGAUACUCGAGAGGUUGAAGAGCAAGGUCGUGACUCUCGAUGUUAUCUAUUCGUAUUUCGAAAAGGCUAGUAGUGAUGGGGAUAAGCUGAGCAGAGAGCAGACUAGGGAGAUACUCAAGAACUUGGUUUUGGAUAAUGUUGUCAUGGAGGUGAAGAGCAAUGGGCUUACUGACUUUUCGGCUACGAGGAUUGGAGAGAUUUGCUAUAAGCUGACUGGGAAGAAGUCCGGUGGUGGGGAAGCGAGGGAUGGAGCUUUUGCUUUGGUGCCUUGUGGGGCUUGUCCUCAUAUAGGGCUUUGUACACCUGAUGGUGUUAUCUCUCCGACAACGUGUGUUUAUUUUCAGAAAUGGUUAGACUUUUAGCUUUCUUCUUCUUUUGUUGUUGUUUUGUUUCAGAGAAAGAUGUUACAAUAAUGUUAUGUUUCUUUCUCCCACACAAUUUAUGAUAAUCUAUAAACUUAAGUGUC